AUGGGCGCCGGGAGCUCCUGCUGCGGCGGGUCGGAGAAGGUGGAGCCGGGCUUCGCGACCCCGUCGUCGGUGCUGGGGGCGGCGAGCGGCGGCGGCAGCGCGUGGAGGAUCUACACCUACAAGGAGCUCCACGCGGCCACGGGCGGGUUCAGCGAGGAGAACAAGCUGGGCGAGGGCGGCUUCGGGUCCGUCUACUGGGGCAAGACCCCCGACGGCGUGCAGAUCGCCGUCAAGCGCCUCAAGCCCAACGCCAACGCCUCCAAGGCCGAGAUGGAGUUCGCGGUGGAGGUGGAGGUCCUGGCGCGCGUCCGCCACCGCAACCUCCUCGGCCUCCGCGGCUACUGCGCGUCCGGCACCGAGCACCGCAUGAUCGUCUACGACUACAUGCCCAACCUCUCCCUCCUCUCCCACCUCCACGGCCAGUUCGCCGCCGGCGCCGAGCACGCGCUCGACUGGCGCAGGCGCUUCGGGGUGGCGCUCGGGGCCGCCGAGGCGCUCGUGCACCUCCACCACGAGGCGUCACCGGGGAUCAUCCACCGGGACAUCAAGGCCAGCAACGUGCUCCUCGACUCCGACUUCGCGCCCCUCGUCGCCGACUUCGGGUUCGCCAAGCUCGUCCCCGACGGCGUCUCGCACAUGACCACCAGGGUCAAGGGCACGCUGGGCUACCUCGCGCCCGAGUACGCCAUGUGGGGCAAGGUCUCCGGGGCCUGCGACGUGUACAGCUUCGGGAUCCUGCUCGUGGAGCUGGUGUCCGGCAGGAAGCCCAUCGAGCGGCUGCCGUCUGGGGCCAAGCGCACCAUCACCGAGUGGGCGGAGCCGCUCAUCGCGCGCGGCCGGCUCGGGGACCUCGUGGACGUGCGCCUCCGGGGAAACUACGACAUGGCGGAGCUGGCGCGCAUGCUGGAAGCUGCCGCACUCUGCGUGCAGGGGGAGCCCGAGCGGCGCCCGGACAUGCGCGCCGUCGUGCGCAUCCUGCGCGGCGAGACUAAAGCCGUCGAUGGCGCGGCACAGGCGGCCGGUAAGGGGGACAGCGGCGUGCAGGCACAACCCGCGGUUAGGCUGAAGAGCGUCAAGUACGCGGACCACCUCAUGGAGAACGAGAGCAGCGUGUACUCCGCCGAGGGGGGCGAGGAAGAAGACGACGACGAGGAGGACGAGCGGCGCACGGACAGCUCGGAGGUGGAGGAGUACUCGCUGAUGGACGACCAGAGCAGCAUGAACUUCGGGGUGUUCGGCGCCAUGCCGGUGGUGCCCGUGCAGACCAUGCGCGACCCCUACGUCAGGAGGUUUGGAGGGAAUGGCGUCAAGAUCUGA